UUCUCCGAGCAGCGCCGAGCUGCGUCGGGCUCAGCCGGCUGCGUCCCGAGGUGCGGGCGACGGCGCCGCUGUGCUCCAGCGGUGCUAACCGAGGCAGAAGCCAUCCGGCCGGGUCGGAAGGCGCCUCAGACUCGGUCAGGGCAGGCGCGGCGUGGGUCCCGGGACUGAGCGGGAGGCAGACCGGCACACGUUCCCCGCCCGGCAGAGCCUCCCAGAGCCGUCCCUGCAGAGCCCGGGCGGUCGCCGAGGUGGCUUCCGCUUCCCGCGGCCUCACCUGCGCAGGCCGCGGUGCGCCAGGUGCGGAGGCGUGUGCGUCGCCCGGGCGCCUCCCCCGGCAGCCAGCAGGGCGGAGGCGGGGCCGCAGCCCGGGCCUCCAGCGGCUCGCCCGGCCGUCUCUGUCAGUCUCACCGGUCCGCCGGGCCCCGCGGCUCGGGAUGCUGCUCCCCGCUCACGAGCUGCCCUCCACGCCAGCCCCCGCUGCCGGGGCCGCACCGCGCUGUUUACAUGCCGGUGGAGCCCGGGUCCCCCGACGGUGAAAGCAGCCGGCUCACGGGACUGAUCCCUCGGACCUGGGGCUCCGCACUCAGAUCCUCUCCUGCCCGCAGCCUCCGCCGCCAUCUGGACUGGAUCCGGCUCUGGUGUUUUUGAGGAGGAGGGGGGGUGUGGUGUCAGGAAAGGAAUCCUGGGGUUUUCUAGUAUCCCCCUCUAUUUUUUUCUUCUUUUUUCUUUUCCAUUUUUCUUUUUGGCCCUGCGGGCUUCAGACUCAGGGAACUCGCUCAUGGCUUUUUUGAUGAAGAAGAAGAAAUUCAAAUUCCAAACCACUUUCACCUUGGAGGAGCUGACUGCGGUCCCCUUCGUGAACGGGGUCCUCUUUUGCAAGGUCCGGCUGCUGGAUGGCGGGGAUUUUGUCAGCUUGUCGUCUAGGGAGGAGGUGCAAGAGAACUGUGUGCGGUGGCGGAAGAGGUUCACCUUUGUGUGUAAAAUGAGUGCCAACCCGGCCACAGGCCUGCUGGACCCCUGCAUCUUUCGAGUAUCUGUGCGCAAGGAGCUGAAAGGUGGAAAGGCCUAUUCCAAGCUGGGAUUCACUGACUUGAACCUGGCCGAGUUUGCAGGCUCAGGCUCCACUGUGCGAUGCUGCCUGUUGGAAGGAUACGACACCAAGAAUACCCGGCAGGACAACUCCAUCCUCAAGGUCACCAUUGGCAUGUUCCUGCUCUCUGGAGACCCCUGUUUCAAGACGCCACCAUCCACUGCCAAGUCCAUCUCCAUCCCGGGUCAGGACUCCUCUCUGCAGCUGACGUGUAAAGGUGGUGGGACCAGCAGCAGUGGCAGCAGCAGCACCAAUUCCCUAACUGGGUCCCGGCCCCCCAAGGCCCGGCCCACCAUCCUGGGCUCAGGACUACCAGAGGAGCCAGACCAGAGUCUGUCCAGUCCUGAGGAAGUGUUCCAUUCUGGCCACUCCCGCAACUCCAGCUAUGCCAGCCAGCAGUCCAAGCUAUCUGGCUACAGCACGGAGCACUCUCGUUCCUCUAGCCUGUCUGACUUGACACACCGCAGAAAUACAUCCACUAGCAGCAGCGCCUCUGGUGGUCUCAGCAUGGCUGUAGAGGGUCCUGAGGGCAUCGAGAGGGAGCAUCGGCCCUCUGAGAAGCCACCUCGGCCUCCUGAGAAGCCACCACGCCCCCCACGCCCCUUGCAUCUGUCAGACCGCUCUUUUCGGAGAAAGAAGGACUCAGUGGAGAGCCACCCAACCUGGGUGGAUGACACUCGCAUUGAUGCAGACGACAUUGUGGAGAAGAUAAUGCAGAGCCAGGACUUCACUGAUGGCAGCAACACUGAGGACAGUAACCUUCGGCUGUUCGUGAGCCGUGAUGGCUCCACCACACUGAGCGGCAUUCAGCUGGCCAACAGAGUCUCCUCGGGAGUCUACGAGCCAGUCGUGAUUGAGAGCCACUGAGGGACCCAGGUGUCCAGCUGAAGAAGGGUCCUGCCAUUUCUGGCACCCAGGCCAGUGGCAUUUUGGAGGAGCCAGAGCCUGCCCUCCAGACGGAUCUGCUCUGCAUUGCAUCUGUGCCUCCUCUCACUCUAGCCACAGCAGCCCCCAAAGCAUCACUCCAUUGUCCUCCCAUCCACCCUGAACCACUGUGAAUGUUGUCCUCUGAACCACUAGAAAAAGGGCAAGAUGGAGCUGGCCAGGACUGCCCUGACUGGCGAGGACCUGGGCCCAGCAAAGGACACACAGCCAUUCCAUGUUGGGGUGCUUGUGGCUUGCCCCAUCCCUCUAUCCCCCAUGACCCACUUCAGGAGCAGCAGCCUCAGCUAGGCUGACGGGGCCCUUGCUCCUUUGUCCUUGCCCUUCAGGAGCUGGGCCACCCCAGAAUCCUGCCACCUGUAACCCUCUGCUUACUGCUUCACUGUCUUUUCUCUGUCCUGAGGAGACCUGCGGGCAGCUUUCUCCUGGGAACCAAGACCUCAAACCCCACACUCUGGGUUGAGACCCCCACCUCCUUAAAUGUUCUGCUGCCCUGCAGCCUGCACUUUGCACAUGCUUGUCCCCAGCACAGCCACUGGCCCUGCCCUUCUCCAGGACUCCUGGGUGCUGUCUGCUGUGCAACCAGUCCUAGGGUACAGUAGCCCGGCUGGAACGUGGCACUACUCCUUCCCUCUAAUUAUCCCCAGCUCAGACCCAAGACCAGAGCCUAGAAAGGCCUGCGCAUCAUGGUGCCAUCUGCCCAGGGCUGGGUCCUGAGCAGCUGGCCUUCCUGCAGGAAAGGAAGGGUGAGGCCCAGCCGUGCUGGGUAAGCAAAGGCCUUUUCCUCUGCUCUCAAGUCAGCAGACCUGGGCUGGGUUCCAGGCUAGAGUCAGUCAGCCAGGUGGACUGUGACUGAGUGAACUGGAACUGGCUUACUGCCAGACAAGCCUCAGCCCUCCUGGGCAAGGGGCAUGCUUUCUUUGGGGAGUCUGGCCCUGUGCCCUGCCUAGGCUUUCCCCUUACUACCCACCCUCUUAGUACCUCCCCAACCCCCAGCACUUUCUGUCUGUCCUGUAAUUUGCCUAAAGGAGGGUACUGGCUGCCAGCUCAGCCCUGGAUAAACUCCCACCUCUCUAAGUUUCACUCACUUUGUAUCAACCCAGCAGGCUGGCGUUUCCUUGGCCCUUGAAGGUGUUUUUCUUUCCCUCCCUGAGUCACAGUUCUUGUAUUCCUUCCACCCCAACAAGGGGAGAUAGGUGCCUCUGUUCCCCACUCCACCUGCAUCCCAGCAGGGCUGGGGAUAGGUGGGUAUGGGACAUUGUUUCUGUGGGUAGGGAUGGCUGGACUCCCCAGGUUGGGAGGUUCCUUGCCUAGUUUGUCUUUCUCAGCUGGCGAAAGUUGGGACUGUCAUCUUGGAGCUGCCUGGUGUCGGGACCAGAUCAUUUCUAUGGGUUCUGUUGCUGUUUUUGUAGUAAGCAGAUGAAUGUUAGAAGAUGCUGCCGAGUCAAGGCAGAACAUGACUAGAGAAGGCUCUGGCAGCUCAGAUUCCUUCCUGCCCAGCAGGUACCUGGCACUUUAAGGGACUCUGGCAGCUCUGUUCCUAGGUGAGGUGACCCCCUCCCCCCGGAAGAUAGAAAGAGCACUAUCUGUGCUUGUCUAUGACCUUUCCCUGUCAGAGCAUUAUUUUGGUCUGGUUCAAAAUUCCAGUGCUGCAAACACAAAGCAGUUGGUACUGUCAGGAAGACUGCUCCUAACCAAGAGUCCUUGCCUAACCCAAGCCAGGGUCUGGACUGGAUGGUCACUCCAGAAGUAGACAGGAGCUGCCACAUCCUCCACUUCCAGACACUGGGCCAGGAUAACUGGACUGAAAACAUGGCCACAACCAAAUAAACACUGGUGGGAGCUAGAGGCUAAGAGCCUUUCCUCGUAUGCUCAGUGAUUCCCACGGGUGCCCAGAGCACCUGGACUUCAAAUUCUAUAUACAAAGAUAGGCUAUAUUAGAGUUAUUUUUGGAAAGGAAUUGGUCUAUGCAAUGCCAGUUUGGGACCUGAAAGACAGUUUAAUGUUUUCUAUUUGAGAGAUAGAAAGAUCUGCAAUAUUUUUAGGGCUCUUUUCUGGUUACCCACACUGCACGGUCUGGCAGGAUGAGCAGGCCCGUCUUCCUCUAUGGGGAGGAGCGUUUGCUUUUGUUACUCCUUUCUGAUCAGGUGACCACUGCUCCCCAUUCCAUGCCUGUUUGUAUCUCUGUCUCCGCUUAUAAUAGAAAAUGAUGUCACAUGGGGGAAAUCAGCCUAGUGUUGAUGUUGGUUUGGGGGGGGGAAUUAAAUGUCGAUGUUUUUAUUACUGCU